AUGGUUUAUACGAAGACACGCAAGGUCUCGACGCUUGUGGAGCUGCGUGCAGAUGGAUACCAAGCCGCCAAGAAAAUUGAACCGCUUCAAAGUACCGUCGACAAUUUCACCUUUACUGCAUGCCCCAAGGGACACGGAGCCCGGCGUGUAAGACUAAGGGCGCAACUGCGACGAGCUAAGGAUCGUCUGUAUCACACCGCUGUUGAAUGCUCCCGUCUAGAAUCCCCACCAAUACUACAGGCCGUGCAAAAUCACCUACCGCGAGAGCUGCGUGACAUGAUCUACGCUGAGCUGAUGGAUUUCGAGAACCCGUCGUUUGACAUCUGGUUGGAGGGCAGUAGAUACGUACUGAAGACGACCAACAAGCCACGCUCUACAUUUUUCCACCGGACUCAAAUGGCAGCUAGUGUCGCUCGAGGCCAAGAUCCUUACUACAUCGAUCCAUCCAUCGUCGGCAAAGAGUCAGCUUUAGAGAUCUUACAACUUCGUUACCGACGUGGCCAAUUCAAUAUCCACCACGACGCGCUAAUAAGCAGGGUUCUCAACCAAGAUGCGUGGAAGCAGGAUAUCGUACCAAAACGCUGGCUCUCCAAAAUCAGCAUCUACAUGCCCGAGGACAUUUACCAAGUUGAAGAGCGUAGAAUUCUACUCCGUCAGCGCUUCGACCUACUACAGCAACUCACCAAUACCCGAGCACGUAUCCAAGUGAUCUUCCCUAGCAAAGAGAUGUACUGGCAUUCCCAAAUUGGUUCUUCGCGUAAAGGAUAUGAGUGUCUACUUCCCACCGACCCAACUAUACGCCAAGCCAUGUUAGCUACUACCGAACGACUAUCAGCCUCGAAUGCUGGGAUCGAGAUCGACGCCGCUGUCCAUAACGAGAACGUUCAUAUUAUCAUGGAGGCCAUAUUCCCGAGCCUGACGGCCUUGAAGGCUCGAGGCCACCAGAUUCACUUGGACGAUAGGAUUAGCGGGUGGACAUGGACGGCGGGGAAGGGAAGCGCCACGUUCACCGAUACGUGGACUCAUCGCCGGCAAUUCCGUAAGGCGAAAGAUGGCAGUCUACAUGCCAUUGCGGAGAGACUGAGAGCUGAGAAGGAACGAUUUGACUCUACGCUGCAAGAGCUGAAAGCGUGGAAAGAAAAGCAGCUUUCGACUCUCGAGGACAUCGAGAAACGACUUGAUCCAAAAUCUCAAAGCGGUCCACCGUCCCUCGCCGACCCGACCAGCAAGGACACAGCUACAUUGAAGCUCGGUUUGGCAGAGCGUCGUAUCAAUGCAGAGCUUCGGAAGCGUUCCGAGGUUGAACCGAAGGAACUGUACAUCCACCACACGCUCGCGGAUGUCCUCAGAGAAUACGCCAAGCUCGUACACCCCAGUCUCCUCGACAGAAUGUUCGGAUUGCUACCAUCAGGGAAGCUACCACGGGAGGUUAGGGACAUGGUAUACGACCAUCUACUCCCUAGGGAGAACACUUACACUAUCAAGUUAGCAACAGACAACACUGGCUUCUCCAUCCACAAAGGAGCAUCGGACGGUAUUAUACCUACUCCACCAGUCGGCUGUCCAUACCCCAUGAUAUCAACCACCCAUCCACUAGCUGAUGAGAUCCUCGAAAGAUUCCAUUGGAAAACGACGUUCAUCAUUCAGAAGUACAUAUACACACAGCCGUUGUCUAUCCACCAUAUUAUCGCAAAGCUUCCGUGGUGGUCGAACAUCGAUGCAAGUGUACUGCCCAAAAACAUCGCCGGCCGUAUCACCUUCGUCAUGCGUUUUGACAAUAGUUGGAGGAUUGAGUCAGAUAUGGAGGAGACUAUUGGAGAUUUAAGAAAGAUCUUGAACUCAGCCAGUCUCGGCGUAACUGUCUCUCUAUCGAUUUUUCCUGCUGAUAGUAAGCGCGGCGCUGAGUUCCUCGAUCUAGCAAAACCACUCUUGCUUGAGUUGCAGGAGAAGGGCCACGAGAUUCGCAUGAUCGACUUGGCUUCCAUGUCUCGCCCAAACAUCAACGCGCCGAUACCCUCAUACGAAGAAGCCGUCGUCGCGCCUCCGCCCACCACAGUACCACAACCUCCCCCCGAGCCCGCCGCUGCCGAACAACCUGCUGUCGACCCAGAGCCAACACCCACAAUCAUACCAGCAUCGCCUCCACCCGAGUUACCUCCCGCAUACGCCACCGUCGACGAGAAGGCCACGACCUUCACCAUCUACGGCACCUUCAUCCACACACCCAACGCGCCCGCCUACCAGCUAUCCUCCCUCCUCGAUGCGCGAAUCAAUAAGCUUCGGAUACGGAGACUAAAAGCCGAAGAGAUCACGUUCCUCCAAUCCGGCGCACCGACCGUCGCCUUCGACAGCAGCAGCGUGCUAUACGAAGCCCACGACCCACCCUUCCUCAUCAACGAGUACUACAUCCAAGGUAAAGCAGGGAGCACACUACCCGGCGCUUUACAACUGCGCUUCGGACUGCGCCGAUGGCAUGUCGUGCAUAUGCCCACGCAGGGCAGUCGACCGAACGAGAUCAUGACUUGUGGGAAGCCAGGGGGGUUCACAAAGGCGCUUAAGCAGAGGAAGAACGAGCUGGAACCUAGUCAGUGGAAAGACAGCGAAGGUCAUGUCGUUGCGACAGAGGUGUUGAAGAUGGGGCCUGGAGGCAAGAUGCCGACGAUUGAACUGAGGCAUGAUCUAGACCAGACAUGCCGGGAGUUGAUAUUGGCGCUUUGGGUGGCUCGGCUGUGGGCGGCUUUUGGGGCGGGAAGUGGAUAUGCUCACUGA